AUGGGGUCAUAUGUCACUGUAUUGACUGGGAGGGGGGGCAGCGUUGCAACAGCGGUGAGAGAAGUGAGAGACAGACUGAACACAGAUGAACUGACUAGCAGAAGAGACAACACCUCACUGCAAGGCACAGUGACUACUGCCACAGCUGCAAAAGAAGUAGAAGAAGAAGAAGAUGUGAUAAUGAGAGCAGUGCUCUCACAGCUCAUUGACACUGCUGUCUUCACCUUUAAUCUGACUUUCUUGACAGUCACAGAGGCCACUGCUGCAUCAUGA